AUGCUUAAUACAUCUUAAACCAAAAGCACUACUGAGACAACCAAUUCCAUCAUUAUUGACCAGAAGUACAGCAUAAUCAAAAAUAUUUACAGAGGGAAAUAAUACAACAUGUAUUUAGGUAAUAUACGAUGAAUUUAAAAGAUAGCCAGCCAUCAACCAGAAAGAGCCAGAUGAUAUCACUUAAACAGAUAACAAAGAUAAGUUUUACUUAAUUAAGAUGAAAAGGUACGUAUCCCCUUACUAUUCAAGAUAAACCCAACAAAAUGAGAUAAUUCCAGAACUGUAAUUUUUAUUAAGAUUGAAGGAUGGUAUAAACGUAUCUCAUACUCUUAGCCAAUUGCGUCCCAAUCUUAGUCAAUUGCGGAGAAUAGAUCAUCAGUGGUCAAAUGUAUCACUUUCAAAUCCUGCAAAGACAUGGUCCCUCAAUUAAGCUCAUAUACAAUUAUCUGUCCAAGUCCAUACCUCUGCCUAUCUUGUGUCUCAUAGCAAUAUAAACUGUAUUCACCCUUUGAUAUUCUAGUUAACUUGUUUGGAAAUCAUCCACAAACACCAAAUCGUUCACAGGAACAUCAGACCGAAAAAACUAUUACUUACAACCAAUGGUAAUGAAAUUUUACUUAGUGAUUUCAAAUUUGCCACCAAAUUCAAAUUGCAACAUGGCUCAAUCUACUGCAUGGAAAACUAUAAACCCACAUCAAACAAGCUAUUUCUCAAUAAAUACUCGAGCAUUAAUCAACAUUUGAAUCAAUGUAAAGAAUGGCCAUUAUACUGUUAGUUCCCACACCGAAGGACGACUUAGAAUCACUUGCCUACAUCUUGUUAGUUUAUGCAACGAACUCAACCGUCUUCAAAGUUAAAGCUGACAAUAAAGCGUUGAAACUCAAAAAACUGGAGAAUAUUAAACUAUCCAUCAUUCCAGAAAUCACCUUUAAAUCAGCUCCCAUUGAAUUUAUUCACUUCCUAAACUUAGUCAAAACCAGCAAUGCCAUCGAUUUCCCCCAAGAUUAUGAGAAAUUCAAAUAAUUAUUUCGCAGAGUCAUUCAAGCAAGUGGAUACGUUGAAAAAGAUUUAUCAUAUCCAUUAUUCCAUAUUUCAUUCCAAGAAUGUCAUCCUUAAUAGUCACAACGACACCAAACCUAACCUACUAGAUUCAAGAACACCUUCCAUUCCAAAUAGAACACAGAAUCAAUCUAAGAAUCAGCGCCAGAAGAUGAAAUUUCUGUUUACUAAUCUGAUAAUGUUGGGGAAGAUCGUACUAUAGAACCUGCCAUUAAAUCUCUAAGACCUUAAUCAUAUAAACACUUGUCUACUCUUAACUCACCUAAGUUGGGAUCAUAAAUUGUGAAACUCAAAUAUACUAAAAAAUGA